AUGGUGACAUUCACCAUGCUUCAAGAGACAGUCAAAAGGAAGUUGGAAGGCGCACGUUCACCUCUCAAUGGAGAGCAGCAGAAUGGAGUUUGCGAUGGGGGCUUUUCUCCAACCAGCAAGCGGACACGCAAGGAUGGGCCAGGCAUUGAGGCAAUCAACAGCUUGCCCAUUAAUCUGCCUUUGCCUGCUGUUUCUCCUCUUCACCAGCUUGACAUGAAAGCUCCUGUGCUCCUGCAGAACAGUGGAACUCACAGGAGUAGUCUGGAAGACUUGGGUGAAAACGGUGGGCUUUCUGAGAUAAAGCUCCCUGUUAACGGCUGCAGCGAGCUGGAUGAUGGUUUUAACAUCCUGCACAACAAGGAGCUAAAGCAAGAGCCCCUGGAUGACUCCAACUGCAUAGACACUUCUGAAACAUCUCUUUCCAAUCAGAACAAGCUCUUCUCAGACAUUAACCUAAAUGAUCAGGAGUGGCAGGAGCUCAUAGACGAGCUGGCGAACACCGUCCCAGAAGAUGAUAUACAGGAUUUGUUCAAUGAAGACUUUGAAGAGAAGAAGGAGCCUGAAUAUCCCAGGCCUGCCACAGAGACUCAGGAGAGCGCGAGCGUGAAAAGUGAUCCAUCCCAUUCUCCAUUCACUCAUGUCCCAUUGGGAUCUCCCCAGGUCAGACCAUCUUCUUCCGGUCCUCCAUUUUCCAACAUCUCCUCAGGCUCCAGCGUUGCCUCAGCAUCCAGCGCGCCGCUGGCCCCAGUCCCUGCUGGCUCUCCAGCAAAUUGUGUGGUGCAGUCCCCUCAGACCCCCGGCCAGGCCCACACUCCCGGACAAACGCAGGGGCGCUCCGGGAAUGGCUUCCUGAUGAGCGCGGCCUCGGCCGUGGCGGGCUCAGGGCCUGGCCCCAGCGCUGACCUGUCCCCAGCCGAGCAGCUCAAGCAGAUGGCAGCCCAGCAGCAGCAAAGGGCCAAGCUCAUGCAGCAGAAGCAGCAGCACCCAAAUCAGCCCUCAAGCUGGUCACCAGGGGGGCCUCCAUCCAGUCCCUACGGAGCACCCUUCAGUGCAGACAAACCAAAUAGCCCAAUGAUGUAUUCUCAAGCCUUUAACAACCAAAACCCUGUAGUGCCUCCUAUGGCAAACAACCCCCAGAAGACCACAAUCAAUAACUACCUCCCUCAAAAUCAUAUGAACAUGAUCAGUCAGCAGCCAAAUAAUUUGGUCACAAACUCCUUGGGCAAGCAGCCCAAUCUGCUUUCUUAUGGCAACACCAAACCUCUGACCCAUUUCAGCACUGAGCUGGGUCAGAUGAUGGCCCCGGCAAUGGCAAACCCCGGGAAGAACACCAUGGUGCCCUACAUCCAGCAGCAGCAGCAGGCCCAGCAGGCCCAGGUGCCAGCCCACGUGGCACACCUGAGCGAGGAGCAGAAACGCAUGCUCAUCAUGAAGCAGAAAGGAAUGAUAAAUCAGCCCGUGGGAUAUGCAGCACUCCCUGCCCUUGGUCAGGGAGAUCCACGUGUCCACGGCCUGGCAGCGCUCGAGGGAGAGAAGGGGGAGUCAGGAGAGCCAGGACCCAAGGGACAGCAAGGCAUCCAGGGAGAGCUCAGCUUUCCCGGCCCCUCGGGGGAUGCAGGAGCGCCGGGAAUUCGGGGCUAUCCCGGCCCGCCCGGCCCGCGGGGGCUGGUGGGGGAGCGCGGAGUGGCGGGAAUGCCGGGCCCGAGGGGCACAGCCGGCCGGGACGCUGGGGACCAGCACAUCGUGGACGUGGUGCUGAAGAUGCUGCAAGAGCAGCUGGCAGAGGUGGCCGUGAGCGCCAAGAGAGCUGCCCUGGGUGGGGUCGGGGCCAUGGGACCUCUCGGUCCCCCCGGCCCCCCAGGGCCACCCGGUGAUCAGGGACCCCACGGCCCCAUGGGACCCCGAGGUGUCCCCGGAAUCCUGGGAGCUGCCGGGCAGAUCGGCAAUGUCGGACCCAAAGGGAAGAGAGGAGAGAAGGGCGAGCGGGGAGAGGUUGGCCGUGGCCACCCGGGAAUGCCAGGUCCUCCAGGGAUCCCAGGUCUCCCGGGCAUCCCCGGCCACGCUGUGGACGGCAAGGCGGGCGAGCGGGGCCUGCCGGGCUCCCCGGGCGAGGCGGGCCGGCCGGGGCUGCCGGGGCCCGCGGGCCUGCCCGGCUUCUGCGAGCCCGCCGCCUGCCUGGCAGCCUCGGCCUACGCGGCCGCCCGCCUCCCGGAGCCGGGCAGCGUCAAGGGCCCCUCGUUCUGA